AUGAGCAAAAAUGCCACACAAGCAACAAACAAGAUAUGCGCUGUUGGCGAAGAUGCUGUAACUGAAAGAACUGUGCGGAAGUGGUUUGCUAGGUUUAAAGCUGAUUUCAACCUUGGAGAUCAAGAACGUCUGGGUUGGCCCUCCAUCACAGAUGAAGAUCAGAUUAAAACAUUGAUCGAGAAUAACUCAUGCUAUACGACACAGAAGGAGAAAAAUCUGAUGGAUCGCAUUUCCAUUUGCGACUCGCUCUAUAAACGCAACGAGGAGACAUCAUGUUUGAAGCAAGUAGUGAAGGGGGAUGAAAAAUGGAUCAUUUACAAUAAUGUUGAGCGAAAAAGAUCUCGGAGAAAGCAGAAUGAACCACCUUUCCAAAAGCCGGUCCUUUCAUCCAAAGAAGGUCAUGCUCUGUGUCUGGUGGAAUUGGAAAGAGAUCUUGUAUUAUGA